GCAGCUCGCUGGUGUCCGGUCCCCGCUGCAGAUCCACUUGUUGAUUCCGAGGAGAACCGGAGCAGCGGCGGUGCUUGUGGCUCCUGAACCCCGGAAACCAGCCUUCCUCCCCCCGGUGCCCGGAGGCAUGAGCCCCCCGCGGAGUCUCUGAAGCGGCUCGUUGUUGUUGAACCUGAAGUGAACCGCGGAGCUGUCACCAUGAGGAGCCGCAGCAACUCGGGCGUGAAGCUGGACAACUAUGCCCGGAUGAUCCAUCAGACGAUCAUGAAGCACCAGGACCCGGUGACCGGUCUCCUGCCGGGCAGCCCGGAUCAGCCGGACGCGUGGGUGAGAGACAACGUCUACAGCAUCUUGUCCGUGUGGGCCCUGAGUCUCGCCUACAGGAAGAACGCAGACCGGGACGAGGACAAGGCCAAGGCCUACGAGCUGGAGCAGAAUGUGGUGAAGCUGAUGAGAGGUGUCCUGCAGUGCAUCAUGCGGCAGCUGGACAAGGUGGAGAAGUUCAAAUACAGCAGGAGCACCUCGGACUCCCUCCACGCCAAGUACAACACCAAGACCUGCGCCCCGGUGGUGGGAGACGACGAGUGGGGACACCUGCAGGUGGACGCCACCUCCCUCUUCCUGUUCUUCCUCGCUCAGAUGACGGCAUCCGGCCUUCACAUCGUCUACACGCAGGAUGAAGUGGACGUGGUUCAGAAUCUCAUGUUCUACAUCGAGGCAGCUUAUAAAGUGGCGGAUUAUGGGAUGUGGGAAAGAGGAGACAAGACCAACCAGGGCAUCACUGAGAUCAACGUCAGCUCUAUCGGCAUGGCCAAGGCAGCUCUGGAGGCGUUGGACGACCUCAACCUGUUCGGAGCCAAAGGAGGACCUGGAUCUGUGGUGCACGCCUUGGCUGACGACAUCCAGCACUGCCAGUCCAUCCUGACCUCCAUGUUGCCCCAAGCGUCCAUCUCCAAAGAGGUGGACGCCGGAGUCCUGUCCAUCAUCUCCUACCCUGCGUUUGCUGUGGAGGACAUCAACCUGGUCAACAUCACCAAGGAGGAGAUCAUCUCCAAACUCCAGGGUCGAUACGGCUGCUGCAGGUUCCUCAGAGACGGACACAAGACACCGAAAGAGGAUCCGAACCGACUCUAUUACGAGUCUGCCGAGCUGAAGCUGUUUGAGAACAUCGAGUGCGAGUGGCCGCUCUUCUGGACCUACCUCAUCCUGGACGGCAUCUUCAUCAACAGCCCGGAACAGGUGCAGGAGUACCAGGAGGCUCUGGAGGGAAUCCUCGUCAAACAGAAGGACGGGUUGCGUCUGGUCCCGGAGCUCUACAGUGUCCCCGCAGACAAGGUGGAGGAGGAGUGCCUGAACCCUCACUCUGUGGAAAGGGUUCCUAUGGGUAAGUGUCCUCUGAAGUGGGGACAGUCUCUGUACAUCCUGGGAAACCUUCUGUCCGAGGGUUUCCUUGCUCCCGGGGAGAUCGACCCUCUGAACCGGAGAUUCUCCACCAUCCCCAAGCCGGACGUGGUCGUACAGGUGUCCAUCCUGGCCGAGACCGAGGAGAUUAAAGAUCUGCUGAUGAAGAACGGUAUCGAGGUGGAGACGGUGGACGACAUCCAUCCCAUCCACGUGCAGCCGCCCAAAGUCCUGAGCCACAUCUACGCCCGACUCGGACGGAACCCCCGGCUCGGUCUGACCGGGCGACCCUACCGGAGGAUCGGGGUGUUGGGAACCUCCAAGUUCUACAUCAUCAGGAACACCAUGUUCACCUUCACUCCUCAGUUCAUCGACCACCAGCAGUUCUACCUGGCGCUGGACAACAAGAUGAUCGUGGAGAUGCUGAGGACAGAGAUCUCCUACCUGUCGUCCAGAUGGAGGAUGACCGGACGCCCCACGGUCACGUUUCCCAUUUCACAGACUAUGCUGACUGAAGACCACACAAACCUGGACCCGGCCGUCCUGGCCACACUGAAGAAGCUACAGGACGGAUACUAUGGAGGAGUGAGGAUCCAGACGGGGAAGCUGUCGGAGUUCUUGACCACUUCCUGUUGCGCCCACCUGAGCUUCCUGGACGGUAAGGCUCCCGGCAGCAUGGGCCACCGCACGGUCCAGUGUGAUGAUGACAGUAGCGACGAUGGAUACGUGCAUGAGUUACGUUAUGAUGAUGAGGCGGACGACCUGGCUCAGUACCUGGACCACCUGUUGGCCCACACCGCGCCCAAGAGGCCCAAACAGAAGGCCGGGGGGCUGGGCCGGUUCAGGGCGGCGGCCACCAAGACGAAGGAGAUGGUGUCUCUGAUGAACAAAGCUCAGGACCUCAACGUGCACAACGUCAACAUGUACCUGGCGAACAAACUGUUCCGCUCCCGUCAGCCGUCCCUCAACCUGAACCUCCCCGACCCCCCCGAGGGACAAGCGAGUGGGGUUCCACAGGUGCUGAUCACCUCAGAGAGCGGAAUCCCCCGAGAGGCCAGCGGAGGAAUCGACUACGAGGCUCUGGUCCUGAUGCUGAAGGACACACAGAGUCUGCAGGACCAGGCUGACAUCCUCCACAUCCUCUUCAAGGACAAGGGCAUGGACUGGGACACUCAGCUGCACGGUAAAGGCUCCACGGUGCAGACGCUGCUCACCGACCUGUAUGAGAAGGUUGGAGACCUCAAGCUGUGGGGCCUCAUCAGGAUGAUCUCCGGCAUGUUGAGGAAGAAGGUGGAGGAGCUCGACUCGGCCUGCUCUGAUUUGCUGGCGCACCAGAAGCACCUGACCGUGGGUCUGCCUCCGGAGCCCAGAGAGAAAACCAUCACGGCUCCGAUCCCGGCCGACCAGCUGGCGGCGCUCAUCGACGAGGCCAGCGACAACAACAUCAGCGUGGCCAUUCUCACUCAGGAGAUCAUGGUGUAUCUGGCCAUGAGCAUCAGGACUCAGCCCAGUUUGUUCAGCGAGAUGUUCCGGCUCCGGAUCGGCCUCAUCAUCCAGGUCAUGGCCACGGAACUGGCUCAGUCACUCAACUGCUCAGGAGAGGAGGCCACAGAGAGUCUGAUGAGUUUGAGUCCUUCUGAACUGAAGAAUCUCCUCCACCACAUCCUGAGUGGGAAGGAGUUUGGUGUCCAGCGCAGCAUGCGAGAGAUGGACACUGGAGUCAGUCCGGCCAUCUCCAUCCAUCAUCUGGGAAACGUUGGCGCCACCAAGAGUGAGAGAGCCGGCAUCAGCAAACUGAAGAGCGACAUGCGGAUGCUGGAGCACAGGUUGUCUCUGGAUCCCAGUAAGGCGGACCACAGGUUGUCUCUGACGGAUCCAUUCAAGUGGGACCAGUCUCUGACUCCUCGCAAGGGAAUGAGGUCUCAGUCGCUGGACAUAGGAAACAUCGAGUCUGGGAGGUACCGGAUGCAGUCAAUAGAGUCUCUGGACAUCCCGGAGUGCGUCCCCGUCAGCAGGGACACCCGACACGGCCAGUGGCUGCGCAGGAGGCGACUGGACGGCGCCUUGAACCGAGUCCCGGUCGGGUUCUACCAGAAAGUCUGGAAGAUCCUGCAGAAGUGUCACGGUCUGUCCAUCGAGGGCUUCGUUCUCCCUUCUUCUACGACCAGAGAGAUGACGCCGGGUGAGAUCAAGUUCGCCGUCCACGUGGAGACGGUUCUGAACCGCGUCCCUCAGCCCGAGUACCGGCAGCUGCUGGUGGAGGCCAUCUUGGUCCUCACCAUGCUGGCGGACGUGGAGAUCCAGAGCAUCGGCUCCAUCAUCCACAUCGAGAAGAUCGUGCACCUCGCCAACGACAUGUUCUACAAGGACCAGAUGGACCUGGGGGCGUCGGAGCACAUCCUGGACAGGGACCCGGCCACCGGAGUGUGCCGGCUGCUGUACGACAGCGCCCCCAGUGGCCGCUUUGGGAGCAUGACCUACCUCACCAAGGCCGUGGCGGAGUACGUGCAGGACCUGCUGCCCAGCGGCUCGUGUGCCGUGCAGUGAGAAGACGCCGUGACGCAGCUCCACUGAGACGUGAAGACGUUUUCUACCUUAAAGUUACAAUAGAACCGUGAGGCUGAGGGUUCGAGACACGUUACAGUAUUUUCACUAAAGGGAAUUAUGGGAAAUUCUUGUCCUGAGUUAGAUGAUAAAAUGAAUUAUUGGCAGGCUAGCUGUUUCCCCCUGCUGUCAGUCUUUGUGCUAAGCUAACUGCUAACUCUAUGCAGCUGCACAUCAAUGUUUUUCAUCUAACUCCUUUCACUCGAUGUCAAACUUUAAAAUUAAUAAUUUAACGUUCAUUAUAGGAGCUCAUGAAUAUAUUCUUCAAAGCAUAAUAUUUAAACCAGUGGAAGUGAAUCUAACUUUCUAAAGAACUUAUAGAAACUUGUGUAACCACUGUUAAACAAAUAAUCCUUAAGGCUGAUGCUGCUCUAUUUCCACAUCUGCUCAGACUGUGGUGCAGCUGGUGGAGGGAGAAGGUGAAUGCACCCCCGACCUGGUCUCAUGUCACCAUACCUCAAAAUCCUACCUGCUGUGUGAUGUAAAAAAGAAUGGUUCAUAAUUAAAUCUAUUUAUUUUACAUGUAGACGUGUCUCUGUUUGGGAGAUUUCUCUAAAGCCUUAACUCGUAAAAAGUGUGUGUGUGUGUGUGUGUGUGUGAAACUCUGAGUUUGUGCAGAUAUGACUUUACAUUUAUUCUCAUGUUGGAGAAUAAAGAGUUUUUAGCACGAUGCUGUUCUUUUGAAAGUUGUUUUUGAAACUACUCAGUGGAUUCUAAGCCCUUUAAAGAAGGGAAGCACUUUAAUUCACUGUCGUCACUAGCUGAACUUUAACUUUAAUAAGUUUAGUUUAUUAUAAAAACAGUGAAACUCUCAUCAUCGGUUGUUUUACUCUCUGUUGGUCACGUUUCAACUCUAACACUUUGUUCUCCAGGUGUUUUAAUGUCUCUCCACGUGAAGAACAAACCAUCGUGAGCCAGUAAUUCAGAUUAAUAAGGUCAUUAAUGUGUUGAGAAGAACAGGAGGAGGAGGAGCCUGUGAUAUGAGAAAUGAAUAAUAUCCACUGAACAAACUGUUCCUUCGUUGUUUUGUUGUUUUUGAAGCUAAUUCUGUAAUAAAAGAGAAAAGAGAA